GGAGUGUCAGUCAAGUUUGUGGCUGUGUGUGCUGCAGUGAUCGUCUACGCUACGGUGAUAACCGUGCGCCUAUUCACCGCAGACUUGUACUGUAGAAAGACCUGUGUGAGCGAACCACGAAAUGAAGCUGUGGUGACUACUCCGCCAAGAUCUGAAGCUCCGGCCACUAUUCCACCAUGGGAAAGACACAUGGACUUCGAGGGCUUCAACAACGAAAGCGGCACCGCGGAUGGUCACUAUAUAGUUCCCAACCAUGUACACUUCAUCAGGUUCGGCCAGCCAGAGUUCAGUUUUGUACACGCAAUUUGUGUCAUGGCAGCCUUCAAGAAUCAGAGGCCGGAGAAACUGUAUAUCCACACGGAUCUGGACGGUUUCCAUGGUUACUACUGGGAGGUCAUGAUGAAUUUGACAGGCUUCAAGGAUGUACUUAUCAUCAACAAGAUGAAGGUCCCAACGGAGAUCUUCGGUCAGCAGUUGAGGUCAAAGUGGAAGAACUACCACGGAGGUGACGUUGCUCGGCUAGAAGUGCUGAGGAAGUACGGAGGCAUCUACUUGGACAGUGAUUCAUACAUUGUCAGGAGUCUGGAUGACUUUCGUAGAUACGAGAUCGCGCUGGGUUGGUUCCCUGGGAAGGACAUGGGCAACCAAAUCCUUGUGGCUCAUAAGGACGCAAGGUUUCUCAGGAUAUGGUACGAGUCGUACAAAGACAACUACGACCCUUCGUCAUGGUAUUACAACGCCGGAACUUACCCCACUCAUCAUAUACUAGACUACCAGCCUCAUCUGGUCCACAGAGUAGAGAAGCUCUUCGGCAACUACGGCGUCAAGUGGAAAAUCUACAUGACUGACUUUCCCGAGUGGCACGACUACUACACCUUCCAUCUUCUCAGCUCCCGACUAAACCGUGGUCUCAAGAAUCUCUCCCCCAAGCUCCGGUAUCCCGUGGAGUUCAACCACACAAAUGUCCUGGAGUACCCGGUGGCUUUCCGGGAGAUGUGCCUUGAAGUGUACCCUUAUCCCGAGAAGAAAACGUGAUAAUUUUUUUUUUAAAAAGCUCAAAAAGUCUUUUGUACCUUGACGAAUACUUGAUUAUUAGUGUUGUCGAAACGCUUAGACAAUAUUACUGAUUGGAAGGUUAUUUUACGAAGGAGAAUUGGUUUUGGAAUAGAGAAGAAAACUUGAAAGCAACCUUGGGGGUUACUACGAGCUCGUUUGUCUAAAUUAAUUUAAUAAAUUGAAAGGUGUUCUUUUUUAAGAAAGGCUGGUGAUAAAACCACGAUCAUCUUUAUUGACUUAAAAAUUCAUUGCGUAAAAGUUGCUGUAUUAAUAGUCGAAGGUAAAAGAUACAAAACCAAAACACACAACUUUUGCAACCAUGGAAAAGGAAAUAGGUUCCAAUUUCUAAGCUGCUUUGUAGGGUUUAGAUACCCUGUUAAUUUCUGAAUCAAUACAGAAUUAUUUACCAUUCCCUAGUUGUAAAAAAAUUUAACAAUGAAUUAACAAACAUUUUUUAAUGUUAAAGUUAUUGUUAUAUCUUAUGCAACUAUUAAUUUAAAACAAACAUAAAGUACCAACUAAAUGUCGAAAGGUUAACAACUUCUUAUCUGUUUUAGACAUCUGAAUAAGAAAAGUUGGUCUGUGUAAAUCAUGACGGUUAUACUAAGUAACUCUUAUAAUAAUCAAUAAACAUGCAGAUUAACACUACCAUGUAUUAUCU